GCGAUCCCCCGUGUAAGAGUGAGGUGGAGGAGGACAUUCCAGGAGAUGUCACCACAGAAAGUCUCUGUAAGAGUUCUGAGGGAAACUUCAAGUUAUCACUAAAUUAUAAAGCAGAAGAUGAAGACAUCAUAGAUCACUCUUCAGGAGAAAACCUCAUUAUACUUAAUAUGCAUCCAGGACUUCACAGUACAGCUUUAUCAUAUUAUCCCACUAAUCUUGAGGAACCUUCUCCUUUCCAAUCAGAGAUUGUUACCACAAGUACAGAUCAGAAAGGGUGUGAAAUCUCAGGUCUUUCUACAAACAGAACUCACACAGUAGAGAAACCAUACUCCUGUUCAGAAUGUGGAAAAUGUUUGAAAGAUAAAACACAUCUUGUUAUACAUGAGAGAAGUCACACAGGAGAGAGACCAUAUUCAUGUUCAGAAUGUGGGAAAUGUUUUAAAGAUAAAUCACAUCUUGUUAUACAUGAGAGACGUCAUACAGGAGAGAAGCUACAUUCAUGUUCAGUAUGUGGAAAAUGUUUUGUAGAUAAAUCACAUAUUGCUACACAUGAGAGAAUUCACACAGGAGAGAAGCCGUUUUCAUGUUCAGAAUGUGGAAAAUAUUUUACACAAAAAGCAAGUCUUUUUAAACAUCAAAGAUAUCACACAGGAGAAAAGCCAUUUUCAUGUUCAGAAUGUGGGAAAUGUUUUGCACAAAAAUACUAUCUUGUUGAACAUCAGAGAAUUCACACAGGGGAGAAGCCGUUUUCAUGUUCAGAAUGUGGACAAUGUUUUACACAAAAAUCAAGUCUUUUUAAACAUCAAAUAUAUCACAAAAGAGAAAAGCCAUUUUCAUGUUCAGAAUGUGGGAAAGGGUUUACACAAAAAUCAAGUCUUGUUACACAUCAAAGAUGUCACACAGGUGAAAGGCCAUACUCAUGUUCAGAAUGUGGAAAUUGUUUUAUAUAUAAAUCACAACUUAUUAUACACGAGAGAAUUCACACAGGAGAGAAGCCAUACUCCUGUUCAGAAUGUGGGAAAUGUUUUAGACAAAAAUCAGAGCGUGUUAUACAUGAGAGAAUUCACACAUGAGAAAAGCGAUAUUCUUGUUUAGAAUGUAAGGAAUAUUUUACACAGAAAUCACAUUUUAUUAGACAUCAGAGAUUUCACGCAGGAGACAAGCCAUAUUCAUGCUCAGAAUGUGGAAAAUGUUUUAUAUAUAAAUCAUAUCUUGUUAUACAUGAGAGAAUUCACACAGGAGAGAAGCCAUAUUCAUGUUCAGAAUGUGGAAAAUGUUUUAGAGAAAAAUCAGAUCUUAUUACACAUGAGAGAGGUCACACAAGAGAGAUGCCAUUUUCAUGUUCAGAAUGUGAGAAAUGUUUUACACGGAAAUCACAUCUUGUUAAACAUCAGAGAUUUCACAAAUGGGAGAAGCCAUAAUAAUGUUCAAAAUGUAGGAAAUAUUUUAGAGGAAAUGCAUAUCUUGUUACACAUGAUAGGUCAUACAGCCAGACAAGCCAUAUUCAUGUUCAGAAUGGAGAAGCGCUUUUCAGAUAAAUCAAAACUUGCUAAACAUCAUAGAUUUUACAAAGGAGAGAAACCAUUUUCACAUUUUUUUUAAUUAGGUUUAGAGAUGAGCAAAUGUCAAAAAAAAAUGUUUGUCUCUGAUCUGUCCGUGCAGUUAUAUUCAGGUCCAAAUAAAUUGUACCCUGGAAAAGC